AUGUCCAAGGGACCACUCGGUCGUCCGCCAGGGUCUCUCAACGCCCCAAUUGCAGCGUUCUCAAUGGCAGUUAUACUAUGCUCUUACUGCGUAUACUCCAUCAACACCGCCCGGAGAGGGGCGCAGCCAACUCCAGUUACGACGAGCGAGAACGCAACGCGGAAAGAGCAGAAGAAGGCAGCAUCAUGGGUUCAGAAGGCGCUGGAGGAGGAACAGAAAGAACGAAAAGUGUAA